AAGAGUUUUAAAGGUGCUGGGAAAUUUUGAGCCGCGAGUGGGGGUGCGAAGCUGGCGGUCGGCCACGACCCACUCGAGGUGUAGCUGCAGGUCUUUCACGUGUAAGGUCACGUGCUCGCGCGAACGGUCGGCGCGGGUGGCCGGUCCUGGCUUGAGAGCUCGACGCGUCCUGUCUGCGUCUGCGUCAUGGAUCCGCAGUGUGCAAGUCGUCGCAGAUCUCAGGAGACAAGAGACGUCCACCCGUGAUCUCCUUUCUUCAAGCAAGCGAGACAGACAAUAAAACAGUGUAAAAAUGCCCGAGAUUGCUGAAGUUGCGCGGUGCGUGCACUUCUUGCGCCUUCAUCUUGUGGGUAAGAAGAUUGCCAAGGUCUCUGCCCCUGACGAUGCCAAUGUAUUCGGUAAAGUUGGCACCAGCGGCCCGGCCUUUGAGAAAGCUGUAAAGGGGAGGAAGGUUGUUUCUGUCGGAAGUCAAGGGAAGUACUUCUGGAUCACAUUCGACAAACCCCCUCAUGCAGUGAUGCAUUUGGGCAUGACAGGAUGGAUUCACAUCAAAGGCGACAAAACAGCUUACACAAACUACUACAAAAAGAUGAAGGAAGGCGAAGCAGACAUCUGGCCACCCAAAUACUGGAAAUUCCAUAUCGAGACCGAAGGCACGCCCAAAGUCUCAGCCGCCUUCACCGACCCCCGUCGCUUCGGCCGCAUCCGCCUGGUAGACUGCCCCGGCGCAGAGAUCCGAUCCCACUCGCCCCUGAAAGAAAACGGGCCCGACCCGGUCGUCGACGUCGACGUCUUCACGGAGACCUACCUCCGCCAAAAGAUGCAGUCCCGCCACGUCCCCGUCAAGGCCCUCCUCCUCGAUCAGAGCCACAUCAGCGGCAUCGGCAACUGGGUCGCCGACGAGGUGCUGUACCAGUCCCGGCUGCACCCGGAGCAGUACUGCGAUACCUUUGACGAAGGGGAGAUGACGAGGUUGUACGAGGCCGUACGGUAUGUCUGUCAGACGGCCGUCGAUAAGCUCGGGGACUCGGACGAGUUCCCGGACGAUUGGUUGUUUAAUUAUCGCUGGGGCAAGGGGAGUAAAGGCGCCGCGUCAGAGCUGCCCAACGGGGAGAAGCUUGCGUUUAUCACCGUUGGCGGGAGGACGAGUUGCUAUGCUCCUGGGAGGCAGAAGAAGACUGGCCAGGUUGUGCCGUCGGCGAAGGAGGAGUCCGUGGAGGAAGAGGGUGAUGACGGCAAGAAGUGAAGAAGGAGGAGACUCCUGAGCCCGCCGCCGAAGCACCGGCGCCAAACAAGAAGCAACGAGCUUCAAAACAGGCUGCGGAGAAGCCUACGGCUCCAUCAACCAAGUCCAAGAAGACUGCCGUAAAGAAGGAAGAGGCGGCUGGGGAGACAAAGGCAACGGCGGUAGAGGACACGCGUAGACGGAGGUCCCUCCGACUGAAGGGGUGAGCGUUUAUAUCUUAUCG